UAUCUUCAUUUGUAGCAUAUCCAAAAUAUUUGUGUUGAUGCCGGAAAGAGGUCACUUCUAUUCUGGACCAGCUAAGACUAAAACAACCCCUUCUGCCCUAAAAUAAAAACUUGUCCUGAAUACCAAAUGUCAGUUUGAGGAGGCCUCAUCAAGACAAUGGAGGCGUCCGCCAAUGGGUCCAGUUUUGGCAUCGACUCUCUGCUGUCCCACAGGCCUGGGAGUCCGGUGUCCAAAGGGGACAGUCUGGUGGGAGAGUGCCGCUCCCCUCUGGAGUUCAGCCCCAGAUCAGACGUGGAGAGCGGCUGUUCGUCGCCUCCGUCGCCGAGAAGGGAGUGCGUGGACGAGGUAGCCCAGAGGCAAGGUCACGGCGUCGGCCUACCACCGCACCUGCAGCACGCGCAGAUAUCUGCUGGGUCGCAGCAGAGGACCGUGACCUCGUCGUUUCUCAUCAGAGAUAUUCUCGCGGACUGUAAGCCUCUGGCUGCCUGCGCUCCUUACUCCAGCAAUGGACAGCCGACUCAGGAGGCGGGGAGGCUGGCGUCGAAGAUCGCGGACGACUUUAUGGAGAAAAUCCACAGCAACUCAUCGUCAGACAGUGAAUAUAAAGUGAAAGAGGAGGGGGACAGAGAGAUCUCAAGCAGCAGAGACAGCCCUCAGGUCCGGCUGAAGAAGCCCAGGAAGGCCCGGACAGCCUUCACAGACCACCAGCUGGCCCAACUGGAGCGCAGCUUCGAGCGGCAGAAGUACCUGAGCGUCCAGGACCGCAUGGAACUGGCGGCCUCCCUCAACCUCACAGACACGCAGGUCAAGACCUGGUACCAGAACCGGAGGACAAAGUGGAAGAGGCAGACGGCGGUAGGACUCGAGCUUCUGGCCGAAGCUGGAAACUACUCCGCCCUGCAAAGAAUGUUCCCGUCCCCGUACUUCUACCCGCAGAGCCUGGUGUCCAACCUGGACCCCGGAGCUGCCCUCUAUCUGUACAGAGGCCCAUCGGCGCCCCCGCCGGCCCUGCAGAGACCCCUGGUUCCUCGGAUCCUGCUCCACGGCCUGCAGGGGGCCAGCGAGCCGCCACCUCCUCCGCCUCCCCUGCCUCCUAUGAGCGGCGUGCUUCCCCGGCCAGCUCAGCAGCGGUGAGCGGGCCCCUGCAGAUAUUAUUCUUCCUUUUUUAGUUGUUUUUGUUUUUGUUUUUCCUUCGCCGAUCCUGGCAGCUUGGGACUCGUUAGAAUAAACGACACAAAGACAGAAAGAGUAAAAAAAAAAAAAGAAAACCGAAGAAAACUAAGACUAAAACAAACUGUUCGGCCUUUAAAUGGUGAAAACUGAUCCACGAUGAACCCAGACGGACGGACCUUUGUGACUGAGACCCCCCGCUGCCUGUAUGGAAGUUUUUUUCCUUUUCUUUCUGUCUUUGGGGGCAGGAACUUUAUUUAUAACUUAUUUAUUUUUCAAUAUGAAUCAAAGCAUCUAAGUUAUGUAUUUAUUUGAACCCAGUUACAGUAUUCAGUGUUUUUCCCAAAAAACAGACAAACUGCAAUUGUCGGUGGCACUUUGACCUUCAGUUCAAUGCUAAUUAGACGUUUAUUAUUAUUAUUAUUAUUAUUAUUAUUGUAAAAGCGCAAACGAACAACCACCCCUGUAAUUUGAAUAAUAGGUUAUUUGAAGAUCUAACGGAACAAUGAAGGGAUUUUCUUUCCAUUUUCUUUGAUUUUCUAGGUGUUCAUUGAUUUUUCUUUACACGUGAAGCCGUCAUGAACCUGUAAAUAAGAAUAUUUUGCAUUUUAACCGAAAAGACUGAUUUUAAAAGAAAACUUCUCUUUUUUCCCGUUUGUUUGAUCUGUUAGUGCGUCUCUUUCAGACCACGGUGAUCCAGUAUAACAUAAUAGGCUAGAUUAGCCAUCAGAAAUUAUACAGAAAAAAAAAAAUUAAAAAAAAAUUAAAACAUAUUGUCUGAGAAAGGAUGGACUACCUGCCCGGACCCACGUGUAGGCACAUAUACAGGAGAGAUAUGGAAAGAAAUAAAUCUAUAAAAGUCUUUUUCUUGUUCUUAGUUGAAGUUUUUAGCUGAGUACAAUUGUCAAGUAAUUUAUUUAAAAGCUGUUUGAUCCCCGCAGAGGGGAAGGCAAUCACCUCAGUGAUUAUUCAUUUUGUAUUCUUUUCGAUAAAUGAUUGGACUCGGGUCCGCAUACAGGUGUAACCGCCUGUUGAUUUGCUAUAGAUGUAUUUGAACAUUGUGGAUUACUUAUGUUACUUCAUAUGAAACCCGUGAUAACCCUUAAUUGUUAAUACUCUCCUUUGGUGAAAAAAAAUGUAUAUUGCAGAUAUCAAACUUGUGGAGUGGUUCUCGUAUAUCUCCUGGAUCGUUUUUAAUUAUAUAUUUUUUAAUUAUUAUUAUUAUUAUUAAAAUUUUCGUUCCUCUAGCUUUCCUCCAAAUUAUCUCCCCAAUUUCGUGAAGUUCUUUUUUUCUUUUUCUUCUUCUUUUUUCUGGUGAAAUUCACAGCAAAAGUUGGACAGAAAAAA